UGUGUGCAAGUAGCGCACACGUCUCACUAUCAAGUGGACCCAUCAAAGGAAAACAAGUCCGUGGAAGUGUUCUUCUGCCACCGACUCUAACGUGGAAGUUGAUCCGACUAAAAGAACUCACCGGGCGGACGCAGGCCAUCCAGCCGCCAUGGCGCGCGAUGCAGCCGGCGGCGGACACCUCCACGAGUCGGUCCUCCUCCUCCUCCUCACGGUUCUGCUCGAGCGGACGGGAGCCGCUGAAUCCGCCUUGGCACUGAGUUAAAAGCAAGAAAAAAAAAAAAGGCAAACAAAAAAAGAAAGUAAGGAUUAUAAAGGCAAAUAUGCUGCGGCGAGGGUCAAGCUGCGGGCACCAGCGGCACCAGACGGACCUUCUUUCCGCAUGAUCCUGCCCGGGGGAAGGAGACCGAGUGGCGGGCGAAAAGUUGGACGCAGUCGCGGCUUGGAGGACGGAUAAGGACUCGGCAAAGGUCUCUGGUUCCAAAUGCCACCCUCCUUGGACUCUACCCCACUGGGGGAACGGCAGCGGUGUGUGACGGACAGGCGAGCAGAGCCUGCGGCGGCUUCAGACCGGCCCCGGAGCAACCAGUGAAGAAGCCCUGCCUUGGUCUGACGUCCCGGCACGGAUGGAGUUGCUCAGAGGACUGACCAAUGAGACCGCUGAUCUUCAUCCGAGGACUACAGGAUUACACCCGCAUUUUCCCCGUCGUUUCAAAGUAACCGACAUUACCGAACGCUCCCUGGUGGACUUUAUUUUUUAAGUUUGGUAUUUGGUGGUUUUAACCAUCAUUGCCAAUUUGAUUCACUCGGUCACAGUUCUUUUUUUUUUUAAUUGUUGGGUUUCCCGGUUUCCGCUUCUUUUUUGUUCCACUAUGGAGUUUCUGGCCGGACCCUGGAAUAAGGAUUGGACUUCAUUCUUGCAGUUUUGCUUGACUGUGAUCCUAAGCCUUCAAACGCAAUUCAGCCCAGGUGCCUCGUGUCCGGACGAGUGUCGUUGUGACAAGUUAUUUGUGUACUGCAAUGAACGCAGCCUGACAUCAGUGCCUCUGGGGGUCCAGGAGGGCUACACCGUGCUCUACCUGCACAACAACCAGAUCAACAAUGCUGGCUUCCCCCUCGAACUUCACAAUCUGGCUUCCGUGGAGACUGUGUAUCUCUAUGGCAACCAGCUGGAUGAGUUUCCUAUCAAUCUGCCCAAAAACACCAGAGUACUGCAUCUCCAGGAGAACAAUAUUCAAACAAUCUCCAGGGCAGCGCUAGCACAGCUGACUCGUUUAGAGGAGUUGCACCUUGAUGAUAACUCCAUCUCCACAGUGGGGGUGGAAGAAGGGGCCUUUAGGGAGGCACUGAGCCUCAAACUCCUCUUCCUCACCAAGAACCACUUAAGCAGUGUCCCCAUCGGGCUCCCAGAGGACCUUAAGGAGCUGCGAUUGGACGAGAAUAGAAUCGCCGUCAUCGCAGAGGAGGCCUUCCAGAAUGUGACCCGUCUGCAGCGCCUCCUGCUGGACGGGAACCUGCUGACGGACGAGGGAAUCGCACCAGGGACCUUCCAGGGGCUGGCCAGCCUCCGUGAGCUGGCGCUGGCCCGCAACUCCCUCACGUUCCCCCCUCCCCUUUUACCGAGCCAGUCGCUGGUCAAGCUGAGCCUGCAGGAGAACCAGAUCGACCAGAUCCCAGUGGCGGCUUUUGCCGACCUCAACAGGCUGGAGAGGUUGGACAUUUCCAGCAACCAACUCCAGACGCUGACGCAGGGUGUGUUUGACGGCCUGUCCAGCUUGAGGCAUCUCAUGGUGCGGAAUAACCCGUGGCGCUGCGACUGCGCGGUGAAAUGGGUGGUGGUGUGGCUCAAGUCGUUGCCUUCCGCCAUCAACGCCAGAGGGUUCGUGUGUCAGAGUCCGGACAAGGUGCGCGGCAUGGCGAUCCGAGAGCUCACGUUGGAUAUCAUCGAAUGCCCGGUCGACGCCGAGCAACCGUCGUGGCCUACCAUUCGCUCCACGCCGCCUCCGCCGCCCACCACCACCCCUCUCACCACCAUGAUCUCCACUCUUUCAACCACAUCCAUUCCGGACUACUUAGACUCACCUUCCCCACCCUUACCCCCGAUCUACAACAACCCUCCCGGGCCCCUUCCUCCUUACGAGGACCCCCUUCAAAUCUCCUUCCAUGUGGUCAACUCCACCAGCAUCGACGUAAGCUGGGCUUCCUAUUUCACCGUCACAGCCUACAAAGUCACCUGGGUCAAAAGGGGCCAAAGCCAAAUAAACGAAGGGAUGCAGGAGCGUACAGUUAGCGGCGUCCAACGGCACACCAGCAUCGCCGAUCUGGAACCCCGGUCCGUGUACCGGAUUUGCGUGCACGUUCUGGACACCCAUAACUCCUACAGACCUGGAGAGGAUACAAUAUGCUCCGAGGCCAGGACCAAGGCAGCCUCUCCGACUAAGUCUCCCGGUUCGGGGCAAACGCCAAAGGAGAGCGUUAACUCCACCUUGUUAAUGGCCGGCAUCAUCGGCGGGGCGGUGCUGGUCAUCUUGGUCACGCUCCUCAGCCUGUUUUGCUGGCACAUGCACAGGAAGAGCCGGUCGGCUUCGGCAAAGUGGAAAUACAACCGCGGCCGCAGAAAAGACGACUACUGCGAGGCCGGGACCAAGAAGGAUAACUCCAUUCUGGAGAUGACUGAAACCAGCUUCCAGAUAGUGGCGCUGAACAACGAACAGCUGCUCAAGGGCGAUUUCCGUAUCCAGCCCAUCUACACGCCCAACGGGGGGAUCGGAUUUCGAGACUGUCACCUCAGUAACAACAGCUUGGCCUACUGCAAGAGCAGCAACGUGCCCAGUACCGAGUUUUGCCACACGUGACGAUUGCGGCGCUGCCACAAACUGGAGAUGACAAAUACAAACAAUGCACACGCUGUUUGUGUAGACUACAACAGAAACGCUUACAACAUCAUAGUAAAAUAUUAACUGUACUAUAUAUAUAUACAUAUAUAUAUAUGUAUAUAUAUAUACAUAUAUAUGUAUAUAUAAAUAUAUACAUAUAUAUAUUUCCAAGUUCUGUCAAUGAUGUAAUUUAUACUGUGGAUAAUAAUGUGGGGAUCUCUGCUAUCUUUUUUACUCAUAGGAAAAACGAGAUUCAAGUGUUUUGGCUUUUUUUUUUUUUUUCUUUCUUAAAAACAGCAGGGUUUCGAAAGUUGUUUUAAUGGUCAGUAUCGUACAUUGAACACACGAUUUGUACAAUCACGGCACCUCCAGGGGGAGGGGGGGCGUAGAUUAUGACAAACGCUGUCAGCCUCGGAACACUUUGCUAACCACAGAAGCAAAAAAUAAAUAAAUAAAUAAAAAAAUUGUUUUAAUUUUUAGACAUGAAUACAUCACAAUACACAAAACAGCUGAUGACAGCACUUUGGAAAGAGCACUGCUGGUGGAAUGUUGGAUAAAACUGCACUAUUUAGAAAAAAAAAAUAUAUAUAUAUAUAAAUCCAUGUUAGCAAUACUUGUAAAGAUAUAAAAAAAAAAAAAACGUGACCAAAAUGAUCACGGUCAUUAUUAUUAUUAUUAAUAUUAUCCCGAUACUGUUGAAUGUCCUCAUAAACUACACACAUUAACAAUCAUUAUCUUUUAACCUUUUUUUAAUUUGUAAAGUUUUUCCACGUAUUUUUAACCAUAGAAGUCAAAUUCGGAUUCACAAUCCAUUCUCAGAACAGAAUUCUUAUUUAUAAGUGGGGGUGCUGCAAAAAAAAAAUAAUAAUAAUGCGGAUUCGUGAUCCAAUCCAAAUGUAAUGAUUCUGAAUCGAUUCAGAAUUGUCGAGAAUCGUUUAAAAAAAAAAUAAAAAAUAUGAUAAAUUUUUUAAAAAUAGGUUAAACAUCAGCAGCUUUUGUUUACUGUAACCUGUUUUGAAAGAAGUAUUUCAUUAUAAUUUAUACACCAAAUAAAUAUAUUGUGAGAAUCGUGUUGAAUCGAGAAUUGAUUUUGGAUCUAAUAAUUACCUAAUAAAUCGUAACAGAAUGAUUUGUUGUAGGAAUCGCGUCCCUAAUUAUGUGGUAUAAAAAAAUAAAAAAAAUAAAUAGGGGUCCUAAUUUUUGGGUACCGAACGAUUCAAUCUGACUCCGAGUCCCGGGGUGAUGAUUCGAUUCCGAAUUGAUAAUCGAAUCAACACGAUUCAUGAUAUAAACCCAUUUUUGAAAUGUACUAUGAGGAUAGGAAAGUUAUUUCUGGUUGCAUUGAAAUGGUCUAAAAAAUAUGUAAAAAAAUAUGUUCUUAAUUAAAAAAUGUAAUAUUUUUUUUAAAUGUAGUUUCCAAAUUUUGAAUCAAUUUAAAAUCGGGAUGAAUACAAAUCGCGAUUUGGGUGUGAAGUGAUUUUUAUUUUCUGCACCCCUAUAGAUGACAGUCAAAUCUUUUGAAAAAGCGCCUCUUGGUUGCUAACGUGUGAAAUAUAAGCGCAAAGGGUCAAAAAAAUAUAUAUAUAUUUUAAAAAAGUCCUUAAUUUUUUUUUUUUUUAAUCAGUUUAAAAUAGAUGUAAAGAAAAUAGCAAUGUGAAUCGAGUUUUUACAGCACUCCUAACGUCUAGUUUAUGCCACACUCCCGUGUCAUAUUCCUGCAAGUAUUCAAGUUUAUUGCGGUAUGUCAUUAAUUAACGGGAAAUUACGUUAGCAUGUUAGCAUUUUUGCGAGCUGGCGAUGAGCGCCAGCUUGCUUCCCCAGUAAAUGAGUAGCAUCCCCGGUCGGUGAGUUUACAAAAUGCGGUUAUCAAUCACGGUUUCACCAUCACUUUCAUUUAAAAUGGUAAUGCUGUCCGGCUAGAGUUUUACCACGGUUUGUCAUUAACAUUUUUCUGAGGAAUCAUGCAUGGAAAGGGGAAUCCCAAAAGUGCCUUCGACUGUAAUAUCGUCCUGGCUCUGGUUGUCUACGGCCGAGCAAAGACGAGAUUUAUUUUAGGGACAUGUUUUGGAAAAAUCAAAGCGGAAACAGAAGAGUAAUCCAUUUGAGCGUCACUUUAACAAAAAGCAUGUGACCGAGACAGCUGCUGCAUUGAUUGACCGUAUUUGUCAGGAAGCGCUUCUGACGUUUUGUACGAAAAAUAACUCGGUUUUUGUUGCCAUCGCAAUCUGAAAAGAGAAAAUCCCCAAGUCUGGACUCAUAACGAUGUUUUUGGUUCCAAAUGAGAUGCAUUUUAUUUUUUUGGGCCAUGUUUGCAGUUUUUGUGCAGCUAUUCAUUAAGAAAAAACAAACAAACAAACAAUAAUCCAAAGUGUUUGGGUUAGUUUCUGCCUCAUCCCUCGCUUAAAGUAGGAAUACCGGUGGCACGCAGGCUCCAUUUAGUGGUACGCCAAAGAAUCCCUUAAGUAAAUAUCAAAACACAGUGUUACUGUUCAAACUCCGUGCAAUGUUACAGUGGCCAACGAGUCCGAAAAAAGGAAGAGAUGACCUGUGCACGGGUGCCACCUGCUGGUUGUUUGAGCACACUGCACCCCAUAAUGAAGCCAAAAAUACACAACCUGACCUAUUGUUUUGAUUGAUUAAUUGAAACUUUUAUUAGUAGAUUGCACAGUACAGUACAUAUUCCGUACAAUUGACCACUAAAUGGUAACACCCGAAUAAGUUUCUCAACGUUAAUCAAUUCAUGGUAAAUGUAUUUUAUGGGACACCGACUCGGUCAAUGCAGCUAGCGAGUGUGCCACACACUCAUACUCCCUGACUCAAACAAAAUUGACCAUUUUCUCCCGUCCUUUGCGGCUAAACGAUAGAUUGUCGCCAGCCCAUUUAUUAUUGACCCACUUGUACUUAUUUCACGAGGAACUAAAGGCAAUAUAAGCUGCUCAUUUUCCUCCAUUAUCCUUCCUUCUUCUGCACAUUUUCAUGGCGUCAGGAAUGUUUUUUUUAAUUUUUUUUUUUUUUAGCUUUGCGUCAGUCCCAAUAUCCGUGAUCCCUGCAUGGGCUCAUUUAAAGUCCUUCAGGGGGAGUCGCCAGCGAGAAGUCUUCAUUAUGCACUUCUUAAGAAGACUCUAUUUGAUUUGUCAUCGUUUUAUCUUGAAGGGAAGCGGUGGGAAGAUUGAAAAUGUCCCUUUCUGGCCUCAUAAUCCUCCGUCCAGAAAGGUGGGGAAAUAUGCAGUUGUUUUUCACCCGCUAUUAUUAGCUAACAAAACUCAAAGCUAAUGUGGGUGUUGCUUACGUGCUCAAAGUGGUUAAAACACUUUAGAAAGUUAGCAUCUGCGUAUUUAAUCUCAUCAUUAAAACUAUUUAAAAAUUAAUUCAAGACAAUUAAAUAAAAAAGCCCAGUUUUUGGCUGCCUUGAGUUGAGACGCUUUACACCGAACAAGUGAUCGUAUUACGAAACAGGCUUAAAAAUAUUUAAAAUUAAUUUAAUUGGUGCUUGACCCCCACCAGAUAAAUGCUAUUUUUUUUAAAAUGUAAUACGCCUCUGAAAAAACUAAAAUCCAUACCAAAAACGAUAUGAAAGAAUGCAUUACAAAACAAGUACAGUAUAAAAUAGUGUAAUAAUGUACUGCACCGUAUCUCGCUGCUUCCCCGUCAAACACACCAUCAGCAGCUUCACCAUAUUUUCAUGGAUACACGUUCCAACGCGACUCGUAUAUUGCAGGUUAGCCAAGCCGUGCUACGCUCCAACCGCUCCGUUUUAUGUUUUUUUUUGUGUGUGAUGAUUUCCUUCUUUAAUUCCAUGAAUAUCAUCUACUUAUUUUUCUCAGCGCUGUCCUUCGCAAUCACUUUCUUCCCUUCCGUGCUUGGAAAAAUUAAAUAGUGUUUCACGAGUAAGAACAAAUGUCCGAUGGAGGGUCCAAACCCCUAUUUUUUUUUUUGUAACGUUGAUCAAGCACUUGUAUCCUGAGGUACUACAAGCAAUCGGAACAAAAAAUCCACAUUUUAACUUCCUGUUACAUGUGACAAAUGUGUGUAUGAUCUAAUAUAAAAAAAUAUAUAUUGUGAUUCGACUUUUAGUCCAGUAAACGGCUGAUGACCGUUAUAAAAGUAUCAGUGCAGUGUCAAUACAGCCAGUGAGUGUGCCACACGCUCACAGAGGCCUCACUCACCCAUCGCCAAGAACAAUAAUAGUUAUUUUUGUGAUCUACGAUCACCGGAAUCUUCUGUGGUUAUCAGAGCGUCUCCACUUUUCUACUAACAUCCACAUGUCGCUGUGUUGCUGAUCUGCCCCGCUGACGCGGCCCUUCAUCGCACGCCGUUUGGCUCCACACGCUGCAUUCACUGACCGCAACAACAACAACAAUAAUAAUAAUAAUAUUCCCAGUUUGCAGAUUUCACGCGUCCUCUCGUCGCUGCUUGACAGAAUUUGUGACGGAGACGCGGGGAACGUUUGCCUUACCUGUGUACGCAGGAGCCCGUGGUGGAAAAUAACGAGACAGCAAGAAGAAUGACCCAAAA